AUGCUAGAGUCUCACCUUAUUAUCUAUUUUAUUUUGGGUGUGAUACAGUUUCUUAUUGGGAUUUUUGCAAAUAGCAUCAUCGUGGCGGUGAAUGGCAUUGGCGUGAUCAAGCAGAGAAAAACAGCUCCACUGAAUCUCCUCCUUUCCUGCCUGGCAGUUUCUAGAAUUUUUCUACAGUUGUUCAUUUUUUUCACUCAUCUGGCUGUUCUCUCCUUGAUAGAAUUCCUUACACUUUCUGAAGGCUUUGGAAUCAGCCUGUUCAUAAAUGAAUCGGAACUUUGGUUUGCCACAUGGCUGGGUGUUUUCUACUGCACCAAGAUUGCCAACAUUUCUCACCCGCUCUUCUUGUGGUUGAAGAUGAGGAUAUCCAAGCUGGUGCCGUGGCUGAUCCUGGGGUCUCUGCUAUGUGCAUCUACCUCUUGUGUUUUCCACAGCGAAUAUAUGUGGCCUAUUCCCCAAAACCUCUCCAUGGGCUUUACCUCCAAAAACACGAGGACUCAAAUGAAAGAAACUCUUGCUUUUCAGUAUUUCUUUUUUGUUCUGGGGUUCCCUAUGCCACUAUUUAUCUUCCUUGUUGCUAUUCUACUCCUGGUUUUUUCCUUGGGGAGACACACAUGGCAGAUGAGAAAUAUGGCGGCAGGCACCAGGGACCCCCGCGUGAGUGCCCACAUCCAUGCCAUGCUCUCCAUCCUGUCCUUCCUAAUCCUCUUCUUCUUCCAUUACAUAAUGGAAAUAUUGCUCUCUUCUCAAACUCUUCAGCUCAGAAGCUUCAACUUUCUAUUCUGCAUGUCUGUGCUUGGUACAUACCCUUCUGUACACUCUACCAUCUUAAUUUUGGGAAAUCCUAAACUAAAACAAAACGCAAAGAAGUUCCUCCUCCACAUUAAGUGCUGUCAGUGA